AUGGCGGAGCCGCGCGGCGGCCCCGGGCCCCCCCCGGCCGCCCCCGCAGCCCCGGGCGGGGCCCCCGGAGCCCAGGCCGGGCCCCGCGUGUGCUUCGCGCCCGGGGCGGCGGCGGCGGCGGCGGCGGCCGAGGAGGGCCCGGGGCGGGGCCGCGGGAAGGUCACGGUGCGCUACGACCGCAGGGAGCUCCGCAAGCGGCUGCACCUGGAGGAGUGGAUCCUGGGGCAGCUGACGGCGCUCUACGACUGCCGGGAGGAGGAGAUCCCGGAGCUGGAGAUCGACGUGGACGAGCUGCUGGACAUGGAGAGCGACGGCGCGCGGAGCGCCCGCGUACAGGAAAUCCUCGUUGACUGUUACAAACCCACCGAGGCGUUCGUGGGGGAUCUCCUGGAGAAGAUUCGGGGGAUGCAGAAACUCAACACCCCCCAGAAGAAAUGACCCCAAAUCCGGGGAAAUCCCCCCAAAAAACCCGGGGGGACCCCCAGCCCCUCCCCCA